UGGGUGUGUAUAUAUAGCAUUCUGAACACAUAACUACACUAGUGUUGCAUAAGAGGAGAGCAAGCACACAGUCUUUGAACUCUUGUUCAGUCCUGUUAUGCCAUUUGUGGGUUCGAUAGAUACAUAAGCAACCAUCUUCUGAGAAGCUUGAUCCAGCUGAAGUUCUUGAUUUGCGAAGCCAAGUUAAACGUGAUUACAAGAGGUUUAUCUAUAUAGGACAGAAUCUUAUGGCUAGGCCCAGUGAUGGAGAUGUUUCCAGUCAAGGCCCCCCGUUUGAAUCAGUGAAAGAAGCGGGAAGUAAGAAUAAGAGGAAGCAUUUGUCUGAAAGUGUCUCACAUGUCCCGGUUGAGGAGAUGACCCGGUCUCUUGAAGAAAUCCCUACUUACGGACUAAUAGAUGAAAAGCUUGCUAAUGAAUUCAGUAAUUUGGGGUUGUUCGAUGAAAAGCUUGCUAAUGAAAGCGGCAAGUUGGAGUCAGCUCAAGGGAGCUCUGAUAUCUCCACAGAGGAUGAAGUGAAAGAGUAUUGGGGUGAACCUUCUGAAUGUCAAUUUGAGGAACUUCUGUCAGCUACCCUGCACACAGCUUUUGAAAAUGCAGUUAAGAAGAUUGCUGAACUUGGACACAGUAAAGAGGAUGCCGAGCAGGUUGUACUGAGGAGCAGCUUUUGUUAUGGUGAUAAAGAUCUGGUGUCAAAUAUCGUGGAUGGUGCUUUGCCUUGUUUGGAAUUAAAGAAACAAGACGUAGAUCUUUCAAAAUAUCAAGUUUUUGAGAAUAUGCAAAGUUUGGUAGAGUAUACAAUGUUGGAGAUGGUUAAUGCACUGAGAGAAAUUAAGCCAACCUUGUCUGUCUCAGAAGCAAUGUGGCUCCUAUUGAUCUGCGACUUAAACCUGAAGAAAGCUUGUGAAACUGAAACAGAUGUUUUGCGUGGUUUACGCACUGAAGCCAUUUCUGGUGGAUUCUCCUCUAACUCUGUAGUCCCUCAAAUCAAAUCAGAUGUUAAAACCUAUGAAACGGUGCCUUCAAACACUGGGAAGUCAGCUAUAACAAAGCCAUCGGAUCCUCGAAAAUCGCAGACAGAUAUACCUUCUGAAGGGGGAUCCUCUAAUUCGCAGAGUAUGAAGAUUCCAUUUCCUGGAGGGUUUAUCACGACAAAUGCUCAACAAAGCAACAUGGAAGAUGCAUCUGGAGCUGCUAGGAAGUGUUGCUCUGGGAACUCCAAGAGAGAACUUCUUAGGCAGAGGACAUUACAUAUGGAAAAAUGUAGGGGUCGUAUGUCAAUGCCUAGAGGGGCUUUCAAAAACAAACUCACUAGCAUCGGUUGUUCUGUUAUGGAUAAGAAAUCUGCUGCUUACAUGAAGAAUUCCUACAAGGAAAGUAAUGCACCGCAAGCUAAGGUGCAAACAACAUCUGUUUCAAAUACCGCGACUAGUGUCCCUGCUACAUUACCCGUAAACGAUGUUUCUGCUGCAGAUGACAAAAAAUCAAUCCCUCCGGAAACAAAGCCCACCAAAGGUUCCCAGAUCAGUACUGUUCCUUCUUCCAAGACUCCAGAUUAUUAUGCUGGAAUACCAUAUGAUCAGUCCACGAACAAGUAUCUGCCACAAAAUAGUAAGGACGAAUUGUUGUUAGCAUUGGUUGCUAAGAAGGAGGCUUUGGAGAAAGAGCUCCAACAUUGGUCAGAUUGGGGCACUGAGAAGGUUAGGCAGGCUGCUCAUAGGCUUGGGAAAGACAGAGAAGAGCUUAAGGCACUUAGGCAAGCAAAAGAAGAAGAGGAAAAACUUGUGAAAGAGAAGCAGAUACUAGAGGAGAACACUUUGAAGAGGCUGUCAGAGAUGGAAUAUGCACUGACCAAUGCCACUAGGCAGACUGAUAUGGCGAAUUCUACUUUUAGCGAACUUGAGAAGCAAAAUUCUGCCUUGAAGCUGAAGCUGGAGUCUGCCAAAUUACUGGCUUUGAGGUCAUCUGAAGAGUUGCAGGAAGCUGUGCGUAAGGAGCAGGAAACAAUGAAAAAGGUCCAAUCAUGCGAUUCUGAAAGGGAGGUACUUGUGGAGGACUUGAAAUUUCUCAAAAACAAAACAGCUAAACUGCAGAAGGAUCUGAAGAAGGCUGAAGCUGUUCGCAACCAAACUGAGGCCUUGUGGAAAAAAGAGGAGAAGGAGAAGGAAAAAGUUCUUGCUCAGGCUAGCUCUAUAAGGAAGGAAAGAGAACGACUAGAAGCUGUUGCAAAGGAGGAGGGGCAUAAGAUCAGACAAAAGGCAGAUCGUGAAUUACAGAAGCACAAAGAGCUUAUGAAAGACCUUGAGGAGCAGAUAUCUAAAUUGAGGAUGGAGUGUGAAUCUUCAAAAAUAGCGGCCCUGCGGGAAGGAAUCAGCCAGAACUAUGGUAUUCCAAGCAGCAAUAAUCCAGCUAAGCCGUACUAUCUGAUUCCUAACCAUAAGAGGCUGCCAGUAUUUCAGGAGAUAUCGCGUUCAGAAUCAGUUCAGAAAAAGAACAGGGAAUGCUCAAUGUGCUUGAUGAAUGACAUCUCUGUGAUUCUUCUGCCAUGCGCACAUCAGGUUCUUUGUGAAGAAUGCAAUGAGGAUCACGAGAAGCAAGGAGCGACUACUUGUCCUUUGUGCAGGGCUGUGAUUCAGUCGAGGUUUAUACCUCGUUUUGUUAAGAAGCAGAACUAGAUCGAAAACGUAUGGAUUGAGAGGGAUCAGAAUACAAAUGCAUGUAUUUCUUAUCCCUUUUACUUCAUACCUAUAAUAUAGCAAACAAUAUAGAAAAUGUGAAGAAUACAGAGUAGAAGUUUAACAUUGGAGGAGUUAUUUCAAGUAUUUUGGGGACACAAAAGUCAUACAUUAUCGUUUGGAUUUUAAGUAUUUUUGGGACACAAAGAAUGAUAGAUUAUCAUUUGGACCUUAUCUUUUGUGUCAUUUUAAUUGGUUUUGAUGUGGUAUAUUGUUAUGUUUAUUUUC